AUGUCCAACAACAACACGCCGGUCGAACUCGCUGUGUGGGACAGCGCCUAUCAGUCGCGCAUCAUCCAGAUGCUGUACUUUUGGCUCGCUUUGCCAUUCUGUCUGCCUGCGCUUCGCUGUGGUCGGGGACUGCUGCCGCUAGCCCCCUCAUUCUGUGUCAAUCCAUCCCUCUAUGGCGUCCUGCGUGUCCAAGACGCAACUCUCUUCAUCAACGUCGUCGAAUCGGUGGUCGCAACAAGCGGCUUUUCGAAACCCGAGGCUCUCAUCAUCGGACCCCUCUCCAUCCUCUGGGACAUUGUUGUUGAUACCUUGGAUCCCAUGGCCACCACUGCCAGCGGCUCACAAGCGAGCAUGACGCCCCAAGACUGCCAGGCCAUUGCCCACAUCAAACAGUCCCUCAACCCGGGUGAACUGCCCUCAGCGGUCGCGCUUGACACCUCGGCACCGAAUUGUGCGAUGCGCCACAUUUUCGCCGAGCUCCGCUCUCUCUCGGUGUAA